AGCGCCUCCUUUGUCAACUUCAUCUUUUCUUUAAGAAGGUGUUGCACCAGGUAAUGGGAGAACAACAGACGGGCAUUUUUAAGUGGAAGAUAGCUGAUGGAUGGAGUAUUGGUUGCUAAUGAGGUGAUCGACAAAGCAAAAAAGAAGAAGAGGAAAACAAUUAUGUUUAAGAUCAACUUUGAAAAGGCCUACGAUAAGGUUAGUUGGGAAUUCCUGGAAUAUAUGAUGCAGAGGAUGGGAUUCUAUGACAAGUGGAGGAAGUGGAUCGGAGAGUGCUUAAGAAAAAGCCUUGUAUCAGUUCUGGUCAAUGGUAGCCCAACAAGGCAAUUUAAUGUUUCAAAAGGUCUUAAACAAGGAGAUCCCCUAUCACCCUUCUUAUUCCUAAUCAUUGCGGAAGGUUUAAAUGGGCUGGUAUCAAAUGCAACUCAAAAAGGAUUGUUGAAGAGAGUCGAAGUGGGAAGCAAAGGUCUGAAAUUGUCACAUCUUCAAUUUGCAGAUGACACAAUCCUAUUUGGCGAAGCUACUGAGGAAAACGUCCUAGCAAUGAAAGGUAUUUUGAGAGCAUUUGAAAUCGUCUCUAGACUUAAGGUCAAUGUUAACAAAAGCCAAUUGAUGAGAAUCUCUGUACAAGAGGAAUGGCUGGAUAAAAUGGCAUGGCUAUUGUGCUGCAAAAAAGGAAGUAUGUCGUUUAAGUAUCUAGGAAUCCCUAUCGGGGGGACUUCGAGGAGAAUAGCCUUCUGGAAACCAUUGCUGGAAACCUUCAACAGGAAGCUUCACACUUGGAAGGGUUGGUUUCUUUCUCUUGGUGGUCGGAUAACUCUUAUUAACUCAGUACUGUCCAGUCUCCCCGUGUUUUGGAUGUCAUUGUACCUAAUCCCGAAAGGUAUGAUUCUUUUACUUGAUAAAAUUCAUAGAAGAUUUUUGUGGGGGGGGUCUGAGGGAGGGAAGAGGGUUAAUUGGGUUAAUUGGAGGCAAGUUUGUAAAGGAAAAGAGAGUGGUGGAUUGGGGGUUAAGGACUUGAGGAAGUUUAAUGUGGCGUUAUUAAGAAAAUGGUGGGGGAGACUAAUGUCGGAAGGAAAAGGAUUAUGGAAAACUGUUAGUUAUGAGAAGUAUGGAAGGGCAGGGGAAUCGACCUAUAACAUGCUGAGGGGGGGAAUACAAUAUGGAUCAACUUGGUGGAGGGCUAUUUGUAGAGUGAAUCAGAUAGUUGGUGAUAACAGAGGCUGGUUUACUAAUGGACUGAAACUAAGUGUAGGGGAAGAGGCAGGAGUAAGUUUUUGGUGGGAUGAGUGGGGUGAGGGAGAGAGUCUUGCUAACAAGUUUCGAAGACUUUACACAUUGUCUAUAGGAAAGAACAAUAUAAAUCAAAUGGAAGGGUGGCAAAAUGCAUCAUGGGUAUGGAAACUAACAUGGAGGAGAAGCUUGCAUAGCUGGGAAAUGCAGCAAGAAUCGAAACUUCAAAGGCUGAUUCAAGAAAUCAAACUAGAAAGAGGAAAACCAGAUGUAUGGAGGUGGAUACAUAACAAGGACGGGAAUUAUUCAACAUGUUCAGCCUACCAAAGACUUAUGGAAGAACAAGGGAGCGAGCAGCAGAAAUCAAAAAUGCAAAAAAUAUGGAAUACAUCAAUCCCCAACAAAAUCUCAGCAUUUUUAUGGCAAAUGCUUCAGGAUAAAAUUCCAACAAAGGCAUUAGAGUGUCUACCCCGAGGACCCACCUCGGGGCUUUACAGGUCUACCGAAGUUGGAAAAGGAAAUAGUGAGAGCUUUUGGAAGGAUAGUUGGAGGAGUGUAAGAGUGCUUGCUAAUGCUUUCCCAAGAUCAUACAUGUUAUCUAUAGGAAAGGAAAACUCUGUGCAGGAAAUGGGUAGUUGGGAAGGUGAAACAUGGUCAUGGAACCUUGAAUGAAGGCGAAGCUUAUUUUCCUGGGAGACCGAAUCAAUGCAGGAAUUAAAGCAACAAAUCAAUAUGACUGAAUUCC